AUGGCUUCUUCUAUGGCAAUUGCAACCAUUGCUCUUCUUCUCUCCCUUAACCUUGUAUUUUUCACUACAGUGAGUUCAAAUCACCAUGUUCCUAAUUGUCCACCACCACCAAAAACCCCAAAACACCCUCCUCCCCCAACCCCAAUCCCUCCAGCUAAAGCCUCUUGCCCUAAGGACACCCUUAAGCUAGGGGUAUGUGGUGAUUUGUUGAAUGGUUUGGUGCACCUUGUCGUGGGGACCCAACCAAAGACCCCUUGUUGUAGCCUCAUUGGGGGUCUUGCUGAUGUUGAAGCUGCUGUAUGCCUUUGCACUACCAUUAAAGCCAAUGUUUUGGGCAUCAAUCUUAAUGUGCCAGUCUCCUUAAGCUUGCUUUUGAAUUACUGUGUUCAGCUUAUAUACAAUUGUAACUAA